GGCUGGUGGCUGUUUCAAUCAAAGGGAAGGCAGAGGGAAGGGAGGCUCUGCGGAGAGAUGUAAGAUGGCAGAGCUACAAAUGUUGUUAGAGGAAGAGAUUCCGGCCGGUAAAAGAGCGCUUGUGGAGAGUUACCAAAACCUUACCAGAGUAGCAGACUACUGCGAGAACAAUUAUGUCCAGGCCCAGGACAAGAGGAAAGCUCUGGAGGAGACCAAAGCCUACACCACCCAGUCCCUGGCCAGUGUGGCCUACCAGAUCAAUGCCUUAGCCAACAAUGUACUGCAGCUGCUGGACAUCCAGGCCUCGCAGCUGCGGCGCAUGGAGUCCUCCAUCAACCACAUCUCCCAGACGGUGGACAUCCAUAAAGAAAAGGUGGCCAGACGGGAGAUCGGGAUCCUGACCACCAACAAGAACACGUCGAGGACCCAUAAGAUCAUAGCGCCAGCUAAUAUGGAGAGGCCUGUCAGGUACAUCAGGAAGCCUGUUGACUACACUGUACUGGAUGACGUCGGCCAUGGCGUUAAGUGGCUAAAAGCCAAGCAACAUGGAAACAAUCAGACGGUCAGAGGAGGAACACUAUCGAGGACCAAUCCGCCGACGCAGAAGCCGCCAAGCCCUCCCAUGUCAGGGCGUGGCACGCUCGGACGCAACACGUCCUACAAGACCUUGGAGCCGGUGAAGCCGCCCACGGUGCCCAACGACUACAUGACUAGCCCCGCUCGACUAAACAACCAGCAGGGCCAGCAGCACAGCCCCGGACGCACGGCGUCGCUCAACCAGAGGCAACGCACACACAGUGGAAGCAGCGGGGGUAGUAGCAGCAGGGAGAACAGCGGCAGCAGCGGUAUCGGCAUUCCCAUCGCCGUGCCUACACCCUCCAUCCCCAACUCUGGACCAGUCCCGCCCAUGUCUGCUCCUCCGGGAGCCCCUCCGCCUCCCCCACCACCCCCUCCUCCUCCACCACCAUCUCUUCCUCCUCCCGCUCCUCCCAUGGCCGGGCUCGGCCCCACGCCACAACCACCACCUCCACCUCCACCUAUAGUGGUGGCCCCUGGGCCUGGUCUGGGCCCCGCUCCAAUGUCCCAGUUUGGAACCAUCUCGCGGCAGAUUUCGCGGCACAACCCCUCCAACUCCUCUGUCUCUAUGGUUUCGGCCACGGGCACCUACCGCCGGGCGCCGUCGGUCACUUCCCAGUUCUCCUUGCAGCAGCAGCAGCAACUACAGCAGCAACAACUACUACAGCAGCAGCAGCAGCAGCAGCAGCAACAGCAACAGCCUCAUAUUAAUGGAGGCACUCACGGCUACGGCCAGAAUUCAAUGUCUAUCGCUCCUCCUCCCCCCAUGCCCCAGCUGACUCCACAGAUACCUCUGACUGGCUUUGUGGCCAGGAUGCAGGAGAGCAUUGCAGAUACUCCUACUCCACCUCCUCCUCCGCCUCCAGAUGACAUGCCCAUGUUUGAUGACUCCCCUCCGCCUCCGCCGCCUCCUCCAGUUGAUUAUGAGGAGGAGGACGCUGCCGUCGUGCAGUACAGCGACCCCUACGCCGAUGGAGAUCCGCAGUGGGCACCCAAGACCUACGUCGAGAAAGUGGUGGCCAUCUACGACUACAGCCAGGACAAGGGCGACGAGUUGAGUUUCAUGGAGGGGUCGAUCAUUUACGUCAUCAAGAAGAACGACGACGGCUGGUACGAGGGCGUCGCCAACGGCACCACCGGACUGUUCCCCGGCAACUACGUGGAGUCCAUCAUGCACUACGCCGACUGAAGGGCCCUCGCAGUAACAGUAAAGUCUAUUUAUUCAGUCAUAUCAUAAUCCACUGAGAGACUGACCGCCGCAACCUUGACUCCUGAGACGCAUAGACAUAACUGUAUGAUCCUCUUUUGAUAUGACAGAAUGUUCUUUCCCUUACUGAUUGCAAAUAAAAUGAAAAGUAAUAUCUAUUUAGUUUAUUUUGGUGUUAUAUGGGCGGGUGGGGGACAUUUAUGGAAUAUGUAAAAAAAAAAAAAAAAAAUAUUGGACUGCACGUGCUCAACGCUGGUUGAACUCAAAAGAC